AUGACGACAAGGACAUUGAGGAGGAGGCUCCAUCAUGGUGACGUCGAUGGAAAGAGGAACGACGAACUUUUUGAUUCUUCAGAGAUUGAUGGUUUAAGCGAACCUUUACUCGGCAAUCGCAAUGAUGAUGAUGAUGAUGAUCAUCAUCAUUCUGCUGCUCCGGUACCCACACUAGAAGAUAUUUGGGACGAUGAGCGGAGGAAGCAACACAUUCACUGGACUUUUCUAUUUUCGCAAUUGAUUGUGCAGUGGGCGCAAUGGUUAGCAAAUGUUGUGCUAGGUUCUGGAUCACUUAUUGCACGGCUUUUGCCUCUUUCUUCUCUGAGUCAAAAUGGAUCAAACAGGAAGCUUCUUCAACCUUCUCUCAGUCCUUUACAGGAAGCAAGACUUAGAAAUCUUCAGCAGAGGUUGAGAGUUCCCUUUGAUGGGUCUCGAUUAGAGCAUCAAGAUGCGCUUAAACAAUUAUGGAGACUAGCUUACCCUGAUAGGGAGCUCCCAUCUUUAAAGUCUGAGCUUUGGAAAGAUAUGGGUUGGCAAGGCUCAGACCCAUCAACUGAUUUUCGGGGUGGAGGAUUUAUAUCGUUGGAGAAUCUGAUCUUUUUCGCGAAGAAAUAUCCGGACUCAUUCCAGAGAUUGUUGCACAAAAGAGAUGGGACCAGAGCUGAGUGGGAGUAUCCAUUUGCUGUUGCUGGCAUCAACAUUUCUUUUAUGUUGGCACAAAUGUUGGAUCUUCAAACAGGAAAGCCAUCCACUCUGGCAGGAGUCAGAUUUUUAGAACUACUUGCAGAGGAUGACAUGGCAUUUGACAACCUUUAUUGCAUAGCAUUUCAAAUGAUGGAUGCUCAGUGGCUUGCGAAGCGUGCUUCAUAUAUGGAAUUUAAUGAUGUUUUGAAGUCUACAAGGACGCAGUUAGAGCGGGAACUUUCCCUCGAAGAUGUCUGUACUGUGAAAGAUAUACCGGCAUACAAUAUGUUGACCGGAUAA